AUGAAACAUGCCAACAUUGACGGCUGCAGUCUGGAUAGCGCAUCUAAGACAAAUGGCGCGCGGCGCAUGUUUACUGCUUUUACUACUACUACUACUACUACUACUACUACUACUACUACUACUACUACUACUACUACUACUACUACUACUGCUCCUACGGCCACGGGGCGCCAACGCCAGGGGCACGCACUACGGAGCGGUUGGGACUAA